AUGAAUGAGUUGGUAUUUAAUUACAUAAUUAAUGAAAUGAGACCUCUGAUUACAUGCGAGAAACGUAGCUUUCGAGAAUUAAUCAUGGGACUUACUGGAAUCAAAGAUACUUCUAUUUUACCAAACAGAAAUCAAAUCAAAGCUCAAUUAAAAUCCAGAUAUGCAUCAUACGUGCAAAUGAUAACAGGUUUAAUACAAAAUCAUAAUUAUAUUUGUACAACUGCGGACAUUUGGAGCUCAAAUAACAAAAGCUUUAUGGGUAAAUAUAUUAUAAUGAUAUUUUUUUAA